AAUAAAACUGCAUCUUUUAUUUUUUUUAAUACUUUUAUUGAGAGGUGGCAACUUUAAAUGACAAAACAUCAAUAUGGAUUGAUUUCAUUUGAUGUUAUCAACAUUAAAAAUUAAUAAUAUAUUCCAUGUUUUAAUCUGCUUUAAAAAGAGAUCUCGUUUCAUUCAUUAGAAUGAGUCAACCUCCACGGUCUAAUGUUGAUUCAUAUGGAUUUGAAUGGCCAAAAGACUUUAACUAUGACCAGUAUGAUGAAUUUAUGUCAAAAUACCUUUCAGUUCUUGGUCGUAGGGCCAAGAAAUGGGAUAAGCUUUUGAAUUCCAAAGAGGGUUUAUAUAAAAGUAAUAAAGUGAAAAGGUAUGUUAGGAAAGGUAUACCUAGCAACCAGAGAGGAGUGGUGUGGUCAUAUAUUAGUGGUGCUAAGGAGAUGAAGGAGGAGAAACCUGAUCUCUAUACAACUAUUCUCAGAAGCCCAAUGAAGCAGGAAAUCAUAGAAACCAUUGAUCUUGAUAUACCUCGUACAUUUCCUGAUAACAUUUACUUCAAAGGAGCAUCUCCAGAUUCUAAACGAGAAUCUUUAAAAAAUGUGCUAUUAGCAUUUGCUCAUCACAACCCCUUAAUUGGUUAUUGCCAAGGUUUAAAUUUUAUUGCUGGUAUAAUGCUGCUAGUCACUGACAAUGAAGAUAUGACAUUCUGGCUACUUCAAAGUUUGAAGGAAAGAAUUCUUCCUGAUUAUUAUACAAAAGAGAUGACCGGCCUUCUUACUGAUAUUGGUGUCUUGGAGGAAUUAAUUAAAUCUAAAGUGCCGCAAGUUCAUGAGAGAAUGCUACAAACUGAUGUGUCAUGGUCUAUGUACGUCAGUAAAUGGUUUAUCUGUUUGUUUGCUGAAGUUCUUCCAAUUGAAACUGUACUUCGUAUAUGGGAUUGUUUGUUUUAUGAAGGUUCAAAAAUAUUACUUAGGGUUGCAGUUACUCUUGUAAUGAAAAACCAAGAUAAAAUUUUAGCUGCUAAAAAUUUUGUUGAAAUCACAGAAGUUUUCAAAUCACUGCCACUUGGUGCUACAGUAACAGAAUGCCAUACUUUUAUGCAGAGCAUAUUUCGAGUACCUGGAUCAUUUCCAAAGGCUCUUAUUUACAAGCUGAGAGAAAGUUGCCGUCAAAAUGUAGAAAAAGAACAAGCGCACACAAAAGUUCUCCAAGAACAACAGAAGCAAAGGCAACUGGAAGAGAAAAAAGCUAGAGAAGCUGCUUUGGAACAAAAACGUCUCCAGGAAGAAAAAGAAGCUGCUUUAAAAGCAGAGGAAGAGAGAAUUGCUGCUGAAGCUGCAAGGGACAAUCCUUGCAAUGGAUCACCCGUCAAUCACGAAGAAGAUUUGAAAGCCACUGGUGAAUUAGCUGGUGGAGAUACAAAUGAUGCUCAAACUCCGAAUGAAUGUUCAGCUCCUGAUCCAAAUCAAGUCUCAAACAAAGCUGUGAUAGAAUCAUUAAGUUCAGAGUCUAUUAAACAAGUUGCUAAUGGAACUCAAAGCAUAAUAAGUCCGGAAAACGGUCAGAAGGCGUCGGCUGGAAUAAUUCCAGAGACAAACGUCUAAUUCAGAUCCAUAUUAAAUCACAAAUUAUUAUAGCAAUAACUGUUGUAGACUUCUAGGUUGCAAAAUGAUAUAAGAGUUAUCACAUAGGCAUUAAAAUUUAUUGCCUCAACAUGUUUAGAAUGUUCUAAGAUCUAUGCACUUAAAGUUGAUGUGUUUGUUGAUUAUGAAAAAUAGGACUUAUUAUUAUUGUUGAGGAGAGUAAAUAAUUACUAUGUAUUUUAGUACAUAUACAUUUGCAUAUUACAUGACUGAGUAUGACAUGUACACAGCCAAAAUUUGUGUAUUGCAUAGAAUGAGGAGAGUAUCUAAAUAGUAUCUAAGAAGAUUAUCAACAGUGCCAAUUCUUAUUGUAAUGUGUUUCCAAUUGUUACUUUCCUUGUAAAAAUAUGCAGGAUUAAAAUUAAACUGAUAGUACUCAGAGGCCUGUAGCUCUGGUUCUACUGAAGGGAUCCUGAUGAAACUUCAAAUACACAUUAUAUAAACCAUGCGGUUAAGGAUUCCAUAAAAAAAAAAGCUCAAAAUUUUUACCCAUCGAUGGCGCUGUAGCAAAGAAAAUUAAAAUACCAGAAACUAUUGUCCUCUUUUCUGUAUAGCAUCCAGAGGAACAAUUUUCUGAAACUUAUGAAUAAUUUUUUUACCUGCUUUUCUGAACAUCCUUAAGUUUUUCAUCUGCCGGUAG